ACAGGGUUAUGAUUUGAAUGAUAUAGUAUACAUAAGUUUUAUUCACUUUAUUGUGGUUAUUUUCGUGGUAUUUAGCUCGUGCUGUCACACAGCGCAUCCUUCUCGCACUUUCCAUUACCACUCGGGCAUGACGUCAUCGCUGCGCGAGCGUACACGGUGUAACUUCCUCUUUUCCCUAAAUCUCAAAUAUGUUCAUUUUCGUUCUGUUUGCCUUUAAUUUGAUGGUUUUUAUGGGAAAUAAACACUCGUGAGAUAUAUAUAUAUACACACUAAGGGAUAAAUGUCAUACUGAAGCACCUGCAUUCAAAUUUUUUUAUUAUUAUUAAUGAUGGGGAAAUAUUAACAAAACAAAACAGCUUAAAGCAUAAAGUCCACGAAGCAGGCACUGUAGCAGUUAUACAAAACUCUCAGUGUACAUUCAGAGGUGUGUAGUGGCGCUUAUUGAGCGUGGUGUUGUCUGAUUGGCUCCGCACAGCUACUGCGUGCACAGGAUUAUGGGAUAUGUAGUUCUCCAAACCUCACACGACCCCCUGUCUGCUGUUUUACGCUGAAUGUGGAAACUACAACGGGAGGGCGGAGCAUAUAUGACGUAAACUUGUUUGUGGGCGUGGCACAGUACGCACGCGGUGGUUGAUUUUUAAAGCAGCCACCUUGUCGCAUGUGGGCAUGAUUUCUGCAGGGAGAUUACAGCUGUUAACUUCGCGGAGAUAUGAGGAAGUUUUAAUAAUUAUAAUAACAGAAUGCCGGACACAAGGUGCAUCCCAUGGAGGACGAGCCUUCUUGCUGUCAGCCUGUUUGGACUUUUGAAAUUAUUCCAGAUCACACACAGUUUGACAGGUGUUUUGGACGACUGCUUCUGCGACAUCGAGAGCAUUGAUGUCUUCAACAACUUCAAAAUUUUUCCUCUCAUACGCAAGCUCAUUGAAAGAGACUUCUUUAGAUACUACAGGGUGAACCUGAAGCGUCCGUGUCCGUUCUGGCCUGACGACGGCCACUGCUCGAUCAAGGACUGCCACGUGGAGCCCUGCCCGGAGAGUAAGAUCCCUGUGGGAAUUAAAUCAGGCAACUAUAAUAAGUACUCUCUCGCUGCGAACACUAUCAGUGACAUUAAGGAAUGUGAACAGGUCCAUGAGCUGGGUGCCAUUAACAGCACACUGAGUCAUCAAAGUAAAGAGGCGUUUGAGGACUGGGCUCACCAUGACGAUGCCCAGGAUCACUUCUGUGGCCUGGAUGACGAGACAUCUCCCGAAGUCGAGUAUGUGGAUCUACGGUUGAAUCCCGAACGCUACACCGGAUAUAAAGGACCUUCUGCGUGGAGAGUAUGGAACAGCAUCUACGAGGAGAACUGCUUCAAGCCGAGGUCAGUGUAUCGGCCUCUUAACCCCUUGGCUCCAAGUCGUGGUGAUGAUGAUGGUGAAGGCUUUUACAACUGGCUGGAAGGAUUGUGUCUGGAGAAGAGAGUGUUCUACCGGCUUAUUUCUGGCCUCCACAGCAGCAUAAAUCUCCACCUGUCUGCUGAAUACCUCCUGGAUGAGGGCUGGGGGAAGGCAGUGUGGGGACCCAACGUGCACGAGUUUCGCCGGAGGUUUGACUCUGCCGAGACCAAGGGCGAGGGAACACGCAGGCUGAAAAACCUUUACUUCCUGUACCUGAUCGAGCUGAGAGCACUGUCCAAAGUGGCACCGUAUUUCGAGCGCUCGUUCAUUAACCUGUACACAGGCAACACACAGGAAGACUCGGAUACCAAAGAGCUACUGCUGCAGAUCUUCAACGAGACCAAAGCUUUCCCCAUGCACUUUGAUGAGAGCUCCAUGUUUGCAGGCCACAAAAUGGAAGCCAAAAGGUUAAAGGAAGAGUUCAGGCUCCAUUUUAAGAACAUUUCUCGUAUAAUGGACUGCGUGGGCUGCAGUAAAUGUCGACUGUGGGGGAAGUUACAGACCCAAGGCCUGGGCACCGCCCUCAGAAUCCUCUUUUCUGAGAAAGAGAUCAAAAAUCUUCCAGAAAACAGUCCCUCCAAAGGCUUCCAGCUCACACGCCAGGAGAUUGUAGCUUUGCUCAAUGGCUUUGGGAGACUCUCCACCAGUAUAAAAGAGCUGCACAACUUCAGAACGCUUCUAAACGACCAGAGGUAACACACACCCAGGCCACCAGGUGGUGCUAGCCCAGAGGACUCUGCAAUAGUUUCAUCCUCCUCAGAAGGAGGCCUUUAUCAGGGACUUUAGAAUUGAAUGUGGCAAACAGGAAACCCCCCCCCCCCCCCCCCAAUGCUGUCCAAAUCCCUAUGCUCUGUUCUGCUGUUCUCUGCUGCCCGGCUAACAGGAAACAAAAUACUGCAGGUCACAGUGCGACAAACCGCCAGCUUCUGAAGGAAACAGGAAUCAGAGGCAGGACCAGAGUGCACACACCACAUGUUUCCCAGUCCGUGAUCCAGACUUCACAGCUCUUUCUCUAUGGGUCCACAAAAAGUAGUUGUCCCCCCCCGCCCCGCUUUCUCUGUGUGUGUGUGUGAGUGUGUGUGUGUGAGGGAGAGAGAGAGCAGGAAUAUAAUAUGUUUAUGUGUCCGUGAGGGCGUUCACACAUAGGAGGUCAUUCUAGUGAACCGUACAUAUGGCUUCUUGGAACUAUGACUAUUUUCUUAAAUAUAUUUAUGUCUUUAAAACCUCAAGAUGCAAUUUAGCAUAAAUUAUAAAUUGGCUUUCAUAUUAACAUGUAAUGCUGUGAGAUCGGACCUGGGAAAAUAGGACAUAGGAAAUGUAGCAAAUGUUACAAUUCUGAGUAACUCAUAACAAGCAAUAUAGUUACAGUCUAGGAUGUCUUUAAAUUGUGUGCAAUGACAAUAAAUAUUUCUAGAAUGAUUGAACUUCAGUAUUAAUGUUAAAUACUCAACUGCUUGGUUUGCAAUCCAGAGCCUUUCUAAAAAAAAGUGUCUCGUUUUAUUUUUCGGACAUUUCCUCUUUCGAAUGUCAUGCCAUGUUUCAUAUGUCAGUUAUGUGAAUGCUUUAUAUGUUUAUUUUUAACUUUACGAGACUCAUAUUAAAUUUAUAGGAAUGUGUGUGUGUGUGUGUGUGUGUGUGUGUGUGAGAGAGAGAGAGAGAGAGAAUUUCCUUCUUCGUUAUAGUGGGAUUUGGACCAAACACUUUUCCCUUGAUUGGUUCUCUUGUGGUGUCAGACCAUUUUAAGUGUGUAAGUGGAAGUUGGCAUAUAUUCUUUUCUGUACACAUACACACAAUCCAGUCAGCUGAAGAAUUGUAGUCACCCUUCAUGAAAAUUCAACAAGAAUUAAAGUAUGGAGAAAAACCAACAUGCAUGUCAUUUCGAUAAUCAUAUUGGAGCGCUGUAUGCUGUUGUCAUUUUAACACAAAUCCUUUUCAAGCACAAAACAUGUAUUAAGAAGGUCAGUAAAAAAUUGUUUUGCAAAACAUAGAUUUGGAAAAUGUCACCCCUACAGACGGCACGAGUGCUUAGUGUUCGGCACAUUUGCCCCACACCUCCAGGGUUGGGGGUUUGAAUCCUGCCUCUGCCCUGUGUGCAUGGGGUUUGCAUGUUCUCCCCGUGCUUCGGGGGUUUCCUCCGGGUACUCUGGUUUCCUCCCUCAGUCCAAAGACAUGUUUUGUAGGCUGAUUGACAUUUCCAAAUUUUCCAUACUGUGUUAAUGGGUGUUCAGUUGUGCCCUGCAAUAUGGGUUGGCAGCCCAUCCAGGGUGUCCCCCGUUUUUUGCCCAGUGUUCCCGUGGAUAGCCUCCAGGCUCACCGCGAUCAUCUGUAGGAUAAGCAGUAUGGAAAAUGGAUGGAUGGGCAUCCCUACAGUUAAUAUUCGCUGAAAUUUCAGAAAGUUUGAAAGACACAGAAUUUUAUGACUCCCCAUGUGGUUUGCCUUUUUUAAAAAAAAAAAAUUAUUUAUUUUAUUUAGAGACUGCAUGUCAAUCACACUGUCACUAGCCAAUCAUGGACAUCUGUGAGCUCAUGUCCGCGGAAGACGGUAGAUGGUGCUUUAUUUUAUUUUAUUAUUUUUAUUUGAUUUCACUUAAUUAUAUUUCAUUUUAUUUUAUUUUACCUCAUCUCUAAAAAAUAUAUUAACAAUAAUUACAGCAAAGAAGUUCCCCAAAACAAGUAAGCAUAACUAUGUUUAGCUUCUACAAUCAAUUUGACUACUUUUCCUGAAGGGUGAUGAAACUGAUUGAGUUCUUUGUUUUUAUAAUGCAUUGCCAGUUUAUUGGGUGCGCUUUCUAAGUAUAUCAGUACUGAUCUAUUGUCGUGUGUCAUCCCCUUGUGCCCUGUCCAUCAGUGCAAAGGGAGCACCAUAGUACUGCCUCUAACCAUAUUAUUUGGUUGGUGGUCCAUUACAGCCAAUAAUAUUAAUGUAGAUGCAAGGUAUGUCUAAUACACUGGCAGCUUAUUCAGUGUACAUUCAUUUUUGCUCAUUCUUAUGAAGGGUGCCAAUAAUACUUGAGUUGACUCUACACAGAACGCUGGUCUAUGAUGUUCAUGUGGGGAGAUGAGAAUGUGCUUCCUGUAAUCGUGAGGAGAUCAGUGACUAAGGGCAGCUAUGUGUUUGUGUGUGUAGCGUUGCAUGAUUUAUAGAGCACCACAGUGUCCUGCGUGUUCCACUUGUCUGCCUUAACGUUACAAAAUAUCAUUUGUAAUGCAGCUCAUGUGCAGAAAACCUCUCUACUAAACAGAUUGUGUCUUUAAAGUUUGCUCUGUUCCUACAUUUUCUAAUUUAUUUUUCAAUCCACCUGAUCCUUGCUAAAACUGAUUCAUUUUCUGCUACAGUGAUUUCUGCCUCCUGUGCUUUAAAUGAGCAAUACCAGCGAUUUUUUUAUUAUUAUUAUUAUUGAAACGGUUAAGAAAUGAUAAUAAAUAUCAUAUUAAGAAAGGAAAUACUCUGAGUUCAGAUGGAGGAAAAGGCUUUUGCAGUACUGAUGAUCAGACUCCUUCAGAAUGAGUGGCUGGUGUGUGAUCUGAUAUGAUUGUUUUUCUUUCUUUUCGGUCCUGAUUUUGCACCAUUUGUAAAAGAAGGAGUUUUUCCCCAGCUCUUCACUGUCUGUGUGCAUUACAAUGGAUCAUUUGUUUAUUUGUGAACUUGUCAAAUCUAUUUAUUUAAAAGGAGAAAUAAAUGUCUGCCAUUGGA